UGCACUUCGCGUUUCUUUGGGGGGGGGAACCGAGGAAUCGGUCACAUAAUGUGCUAUGCGUAGACGUGUGAUCUUCUACGUCCACGUUCAUGAGAUGUUGUGCAUGUGGCAGCAGAGACCAGCCUUUGCUUGACCGAGAAAUCAGUCAUUUGAAGCCUUACACGUGACUGCGGUGGUCUCUCGGCUUCUCGGAUGCUGAGUUUUUCCGCCUCCGAUCCAAAAUUUCCAUGCCCUUUUUUGGCGCAUCGAACGAGUGGUAACGAAAUUCAAUCCUCGUCGUUGCCCUGCGUUGUACCACCAGCAUUAUCCUUCUUUUUCCCUCUUUGACUGUACAGUUCUACCUUUCUGUGGUCUUGCUUCCAACAUUCGUGCAGGCUCCUUUUCUUCAUCUCAUUCCAAAGCUAACCGCGCAAAACGUUCAUGACCUUUCCUGCGGCGACUCCCGAGCCUUUCCAGGGUACCAGCGCGAGAGGAGAAAGUCCUCUGAUUCUUCAGUCCCGGGAGACUGGACAGGUUGUGCCUGGGGGACGGAAUGACCAUGCGACUACGGUGACAAAGGAUGGGCCCAAGGCAAAGCCAUGGGCCCAUUUUGUCGCAGGAGGUAUCGGUGGCAUGGCCGCGGCCACUCUCACUUCUCCUCUCGACGUCCUGAAGACCCGACUCCAAUCGGAUUUCUACCAAGCUCAACUCAAAACCUUACACGCUCAACAUCCUCUACCACACAAAGUCACGCUCACCUCGGUUCCCAGAGCAGCAUUCUUCCACAUCGCCGAGACUGUACAGAUCCUGCGGUCGAUAUACCAACACGAGGGGUUUCGGGCGUUAUUUCGAGGUCUCGGCGCAAACCUGAUUGGCGUCGUGCCCGCAAGGAGCAUCAAUUUUUACGUGUACGGGAAUGGCAAGAGGAUCCUGAAUAAUUACCUCAACCCAGAGGGGCGUGAGAAUGUCUGGAGCGUCCAUCUUCUCGCCGCAGCCACGGCGGGAAUAGCGACGGGUACUGCUACAAAUCCCAUCUGGGUCGUCAAGACGCGACUGCAACUGGACAAAAACACCGCCAGCCAUGAUCCUUCGAAAGGACGACAAUACAAGAAUAGCUGGGACUGUAUCAGGCAGACUGUGCGCCAUGAGGGCAUCCGGGGUCUGUACCGGGGCUUGUCAGCCUCGUAUUUGGGAGUUACCGAGUCCACUCUUCAGUGGGUGUUGUACGAGCGGAUGAAGCUGUCCCUGGCCAGAAGGGAAGCCAAGCGCCUGUCGCACCCCGGGUACCAACGAACCAUGCUCGACGAUGCGGAGGAAUUCGGAGGGAAGUUCUGCGCGGCAGCCGGUGCUAAGCUCUUCGCCGCGGUCAUUACAUAUCCUCAUGAAGUUGUCCGUACGAGGUUACGGCAAGCGCCAACCAUCACGACGGAGACGGGCAGAGUCACGAUGAAAUACACCGGCCUGGUACAGUGCUUCCGCCUUGUGGCCAAGGAAGAAGGGCUGGCUGGGUUGUAUGGAGGGAUGACGCCGCAUUUGCUUCGAGCUGUACCCGCCGCCGCCGUGAUGAUGUCGACCUACGAGAUUUUCCUCCGGCUCUUCGGAACAACUUCGUGA